ACUCUACUGUUUUCUGUAAACCAUACAUUGGAUAUUUUCUGUGGAAAGGGGAUGCCAAACGUGGAUAUACUUAUUACAUUUAAACGUCUGGAUUUACAUAUGCACGCAAGAAUAGUGCAUUGGGUAUUGAGUGUACACAUGAUUUUUUAUUUGGGAUUAUAUAUUUCCUCGUGACGACUUAUUUGUUAUUGAUAUGACCGUGGCCACCACCUGUGGUAGGGAUUCCAAUGAUGGCGAAGGAAGACGAACAAGAGCAAAGGGCCCCCCAGAACCGUUACCUGAGGCUUCUGGGUGUCCGACGUAUGGUUGCGAUGGCUCCGGUCACGUCAGUGGAAAGUUUGCCAAACAUAGAAGUGUUUCUGCAUGCCCUGUAGCAGCAAAGAAACGUAAAAUAGAAACAGAUACAGCAUCAUUAGAACCAGCCAAGAAAACAAAACGUACACCACGAAGGAAAGGUAAUGUACGGGAUGAAGAUGACACCGAGGAUGACAACGGCUCUCUUGUAAACAGUGUAGAAACAGAGGAAACAAAUUCCACAUCUUCACAAGAUGAGGAUGCUCAGACUAAGUGUAGUCAACAAGCGAUAGUGAAUCUUCAGAGAAUUAUUGAUAAUGUUACUGCGGAAAUUGAUCAGGGAAAAUCGGACAGUAACAAUGACGACCUAAAAGCAGGUGAGAACCCAGAUUUUACAAAGAUAAACGGAACUGAUGAACUUUCCACAAAAGAAGUUGAUAUAAAUGAACCCAGUGAAAUUAAAGAUUUAUGUGUUGAACAAGUUGAUGAGGAUUUACCCCAACUAGAUGCUGUCGAAGAAGUUGUUGAGAAUCAGGACCGUCCCCCUGGACCACCGCAACUUCAGAAGGAGCUGGACAUUUUAGAUGGAGAGGAAACAAAUACAAAUGUUUUAGAAACUGUUGAGGAAAACCAGGAACCUGUGCUUCUAAUGGAAGAACCUGAAAUGAAUUUGCAGGAAACUGGUUUUAUGGUGGCAGAGGAUGCUGAAGAAUUUGAGAGUAAAGACCUUGAUGAUGUCAGGGAUUUAGAGGAAGAUGCUGAAGAUGUUGGAGCUCUUUUGGUAGAAGCGCCUCCUUCGGAAGAUGAGGUUGAACAGCAGGUGGGAGAUUUUGAAGAGGAAGAACCCGGUGAAAUGGUCAUUGAUGAGGACAUGACUGAAGAAAAUGUGGAAGGAAUAAAGGAGGAAAAUGUUGGUAAACAAGAAGAAGCAAUUAGUGUUCCAAAUUACUUACGACAAAUGAGUGAACAAUUGUCAGAGGAAUUAAAAGAAAAGAAAGAAAAAGAGGAGCAGAGUGAUACUCUGAACAAAGGUUCCAUAGAUAAUGAGGAAGACUUGGAACAAUCUUGUAAUCUUGUUAUUGAUGAAGUACCAAUCAAGAAAGAGCUCGACAUUGCAAUAGUCCAGUAUGACCAUGCCGAUGAUGAAGAGUCUGGGUCCGAAUCACAGGAGACACUUGAACCAAGGAGUUCAUUACAGGCCAUCCAGGAAAACAUAGAUGCCUUAAACCAAGGCAAGGACAUCAAACCACUGAUGAUUGCCGAAGAUGUGGAAGAUGAGCAGGAGAAUGAAGAUGAAGAUAUUGAGAGAUUACCAGAUGAAACCGAGGAAGAGCACAUUGUUCGACAGUUGAAGAUCGAGAUGAAAGAUGGUCCUGCGCUGGUGAAUGGCAAAGCCGAUUCCAUAGACGAAGACGGUGCUGAAACACCAAAUUCUGAUGCUGUUCUUAGUGUUGAUCAAGAGGUGGAGGGCACUUCUGGAGCGGAUGAUGUAAUCAAGGUUCCAACCGUAAGACCAUCAUCGUCAGGCCUUCAAGAGAGAGAAAAACCAACCACAUUAGCACAGGCUAUUGAAAUGUUGAACAUGGAAGGAAGCAAGUGUCCAACACCAGGUUGUGAUGGUUCAGGUCAUGUGACUGGACUGUACCAUCAUCAUAGGAGUUUAUCUGGUUGCCCACAUAAGGACAAGAUUCCUCAAAAAUUACUUCAGAUCCACGACCAAGUAUUAAAAUGCCCCACACCUGGGUGCACUGGAAAAGGACAUGUGAAUAGCAACAGGAAUUCUCACAGAAGUUUGUCUGGUUGUCCCAUUGCAGCUGCUGAGAAGACAAAUAAGAGUUCUCGAGAUUGUGGGUUGACGGCAGCCCAAGCGCUUGCCCAGAGCCGAGCACAUGCUAAUAGACCAACCGGAAUGUGUUUUGUGAAGCAAGAUGUGCCAUCCCAGGGAUAUGUUCCCUUGCUACAGCGAAGCAACCUAGAGUAUUUGUAUGAUGGGCCUAGCCAUACAUUCCAGAGUACAGCGCACAAACGUAUAGCACCAAAAAUCAUCAGUCCAGAUGUACCAGCCAAACGUUUACCUCUACCAAGUGACUACGAGAAGAGCAAAGUUGAUAAUUUGAUUAAUUCAUCCGCUGCACAUCUCGCAGCAUCUGCCAUCAAUCUGUCAAUUCGUGCGCCUCGCAUGGACUCGAUGUACACCAGCUCGGCAACUUCAUCUCCUUCACAGGUUUCAACGCAGCCUAUUGUUUCCGUACCAUCACCUAUUAUCCAUCACCAGCCACAGCAAACGCAGCAGCCUCCUCAGCAGCAACAGCAGCAGCAACCUCCGGCCCAACCUCAUCAUCAGCUUUCAACCCCUAAACCGACAUCUCUCGAAGUAAUGAAGGUUGAUUCAAAUGGCACCCUGGAUCUGAGUAUGAGAACCACGUCCACUGUCAAACAUUCCGAGCCAUCCAGGUCGUUACCCCCGAUGGUGAAUAGUCCCCAACAACCAACCUACUCCAGCCCACCAACGCUUCUGACCAUUCCAAGAACAUAUGAUCACACACCAAAUCACGUCGAACAGCCACCACAGAACCAGAAUCAACCUGUAACACAAACAUGGUACCCGCCACCAUCACAGAGUAACGAGGAAAGUUAUGCUGCAUCGCACAAGUACUCCCUUUAUCAACCGCAGACUUUCCCUAAACAUUCAUUUAAUGACCCACAAAAACGGGAACAUCUAAGCUGUCCGACACCAGGCUGCGAUGGCUCAGGUCAUGUGACCGGCAACUACUCAUCUCAUCGGAGCUUAUCUGGUUGUCCAAAUGCUGAUAAAUCCCAAAUAGUGCAAGGGUCACAAGAAUUAAGGUGUCCCACAAUUGGUUGUGAUGGAUCAGGUCAUGUGACCGGCAACUACUCCUCUCAUCGCAGCCUCUCUGGUUGCCCACGUGCUAAGAAGAAGGGCAUGUCACCGGUGAAGAAAGAGGGCACGGAAGAGGAUGAACUGCUUAUCAAGUGCCCAAUUCCAGGUUGUGAUGGCUCUGGUCAUAUAACGGGAAAGUAUGCGUCGCACCGUAGCGCAUCUGGUUGCCCCAAUGCCGCACGGGCCGGCUACAACGGCCCGCAGCAGUCCGUCCCUAAGGACGCUAUCGUUAACAACCAGACUGAUGUUACCCAGGAAAACAAUGAGAAUUUAGCACCCUUGCAAAUCCCAAAACGAACGCUGAAGGUCGAACCUGCUUCGAAUUUUCAAAGUUCUCCAUUGGCCAUGCCUCCAAUGACAAAGACUGCUAAUGAAAAUGAUUAUGUGGAGCAAGCUGCAAUACCUGAGAAGACAUCAUUCAAUAAUGAUAUUGAAAAUGAUGAAGAUCUAAAGAUGUUAGACCAGGAGAUUCUUGACUUACAAGCUAGCAAUACACAAACAGAAUCCUCUAUGUUAAAGCUACGAACACAGAUUGCCUCGAUGGAGACCAAGCUACGACAGUCAGAGCAGGAACAUGAAGUCAUGAUGGAGAAACACAGGUCACUUGAUAAACAGUUAGAAGAGCUUCGCACUGGACUGAUGCGCCACAUAUCCGGCGGCAAAGAUGCGAAAGCAGAUAAACCGACUGGCAACACUGACAGUCUCCAAUCACUUAUCUCAACUCUAAAGAACAUGUACGCAGAUAAGUCGGACGAGGCGCAACGUUUCAACACGCACGUAAAGAAUGAUAAUGUUGCGACAGAUAUUGCGGCAGUUCCGGUUCAAUGAGUUUUUACCGUCACCUAAACGGAAUGUUUAAUUUUGUACUUGUCGCACAUGAAUGCUACUUGUUAAGAUAUGACGAGACCAUCAUGUAUUUAAUAAUGGCUGCACAAAAGAAUGUAAUGAAUCAUGGUUUUAACUGCAUUCUUCUUUGUACUGAAACAUUUUCCAUUAUGUAUCCUCAGUUAACUCUACAAAUAUCAAAUUAUCCUCCGAUCGCAAUUUUCUGUGCAAUGCAUUUUGGAUGUGUUAUGGAGAUUGUGGAAAGGGUUUUUUCGAAUAGAUUUUUCUAGUGAAUUUUGGUAAAUAUCUGUAAAUUCAUAACCUUUUUAAUGGACACAAACAGCAUAGAAGUUGCACCGCAAAGAUCAUGCCUAAUUCUAUUUUGUAGAGCAUAAAAUUAUGUUCUAGACUACCCUAAAAUUUAUUGAUCUUAAAAGUGUAUCCAAGAAAAUAAUCAUGUGGUUGUGAACAAAAAAGAAAAUACUCAGAGUGAUGAAACUAGUGAAUGAAAUACAUCCACUUUAAAUUAUAUAUACAACAUCUGUGAACCGCAGUGUAAGUUCAUUUACAAGGUUAAUCAAUGUCUUUUCACAGGAGUUCAAACUUAUAAUAUACCAAUGAAUGUUUUAAACCAACUUGGAGUGGUUUGAGCUAUAGAGGGCAGUGUUAUGUGUAUUCCUGUGAAAAGAAGCAGUCUUUUAUUCAUCAUUUCAGCACUGAGUCAAUACAAACCUUUCCCUUUAAAACCGGUGCUAAUUUUGAUUGUAUACAAUAUUGCCAUCUUUGUGAUCAAUUUAUUAAAUGUUUAUAUAUUUGAUUAAGGAUUCUCAAAGAUUAAAUUGUGAAGAAUUUGAUUAUACAAGAUCCAAGAAAACGUUAUUGUCUGUAUGCUACAAAAAUUUGCUUACCCACAGAGCAUUAUAUGUAAUUAAAGAAAAUCUGCUCAUAAUUUCUCUUUCAUUAACUGUUAAUAGAAAUUACAAAUUAGUUCUCUUAUUUGUCAACUAUAGUAUGACACAACAAUUAACUUAAUUACAUUUAGCUUAGGUUAACCUAACUCUUAUAGCUAUUUACAAAGCCUAGCCAAGAAUUUGUCAAUUCGCAUGACUUAAGUAAAUAAAUAGUAUGAUCAAUGUCUGCUCUUCUAGUUUGCACUGUAGAAUGUAUCAGACAUUGUAUGGCUACCUAAUUAGCAAGUAAGAUAUAACUUAUGUAAUAUAAACAUAGUACAGAUGAAUAUUCAUUUCAUGUAAUUUGCUAAAUAUUCAGCAGUUUGUAAUAGGUUUGUAGAUAUUGAAUUUAUUUCAGACGUAGUAGAAGUUUUGAGCUCUGUAAGUCAUUCCAUGGUUAGAUAAAUUCCUCAUUUUUUUAAAAACCCUGAUGAUAAUUUUACAAUUUACAGUCUUGGAAAUUGAGCAAUUAGUGUUCAUCAUAUACUUACCUGAGUAUUCUGAUAAAGUAUUAAAAAUAAAAUUAUUGAAUAUGUUUAAAAAAUAUAUAUCUUUUAAAAUUUAAUGAGGUUGCAUUCUAAUUACCUUCAUUAAAUUGUUUAAAAAUUAUUAGACAAGUUAAUUUAAAAUGGUGUUUUUAUGUACUUGGUAUUUUUUUUAAUCAAGUACUUUCAAUUUGCAUCCUCCUAGGUAGUAGAUCAUCCUUUUAGUAUCGUUGACAAAAUAGUUUUCAUUACAUAUGCUUAAUUUUGUAUUGUCAAUUUUUUUUUUUUAUUGUACAUAUAAUAAGAUAAACAGAAUACCUGUGUUUAAAAUACUUGUGUAUCAUUGUCAAGUUUAAAAAAGUUAUUCUAAAUUGUGCUUGUUUCUGUUUAUUUGUAUCAAUUCAAGUCUUGUUGAAGUAUCAACAAGUUAGAUGUGACAUGCACAUGUUUUGUAUUUUCUCUUGUGCUUUAUCCAUGCUUUUACCUUUCUGUGAUAAAAAAAAUCUGAUUUGCAUAUAUAUGGGCAUGGUGAUGUCAUAUCAACACCCAUAUAUGGGCAGGAUGAUGUCAUAACACACCCAUAUAUGGGCAAAUCAUAGGUAUUUGUCACAGGAAAAACAUUUAAACAUAAUAGCAGAGCAUCAGGUUUCACCAAGUUACAAGUACCUAAGUUUGUAUAAUUUAUGUUAACAAAUUUUUAAGUACAGUAUCGAAGUAUAUUUUUCCUUGUUAAUAUAUUUUUAUGUUUCAGAUGAGGGUCUUCUGAAACAUUUUACAGAAUGAAAUAACAUUUUUUUCAUACCAUUAGUUGAUUUAUGAUUGUAUUGGAUACCAUCAGUUUAGAAUAUAAAUAUUUCUCACUUUGACAGGUGUUUAUAUUCUUUUUGAUAAAAUUUGGGUUUUUGUUAAAAUGUCGGUGCUUAUUUAUUUCUUUUUAAAACUUAUCAGAUUGUUUAUAUUCAACCAUCUUUUUAAAAUGGUUAUUGAUUAAAUAAAAGUAAUCAUUUAGCACCUUCCAUUUGUUAUUCCUCUCUGAGAGGGUAAGGGGUAAAUUCUUAUUAUUUUCCCAAAUGUCAAAUCCAUUUUUAUAAUGUUGCAUGACAAUAGUUUUUUUGUUUUUUAAUUGAUUUAAAUUUAAUUAUUUAAUUAUUGUUAUUUUUUUUUUCUCUUAGAAUUUAAGAUGUUAAUUCCAGCUAUAUGAUCUGAAUUAGGUGUAGGCUUAGAGUGUAGUCUGUUAAGUGACAGCUCUUGUUACUGUUAUAAGUGAAGUAGAUGUUACACUUUGGGGGUUGUGCAUUGCGAGAUAGGUUUGUGCAAUAUUUAAGUUUUGUCAGGAUUGUUGUAUUUAUAAUAUCUUGAAAAUGAGGUGAUACGCCAGUAUCCAUAGUAAUUACAAUAUAAAAAAUCCAUGAAAAAAACAUUCACAAAAUAAGAGACAAGAUGGAUGUUUUAAAAUAGAAAUUCAGGUUGAAGGCAGAAAUAAUAAAAGUGAGUGGUUUAUUGUAAGUUAUAACUUAAAGGGACAUUUUUUUUUUUGGAAAUGGCAUCUAUUUUCCAUCCUAUAUUUUGUAGGUAAAACAAAUGAAAUGUGUAUAAGAUUGAUAUCUGAUGCAUAUUUAAUAGCAAAUUGUUGACCAGUUGAAAAUGAAUUUUGAAUACUUACAUGCUUGAUUAACUCGCUUACAGAUGACACCUGUAAAUUUGUUAUACCAUAUGAAUGUAUCAUGCAUCUUUCUAGUUCAGAAAAACAAAUUACGUUAUCAAAUUUUAACAAAUGUACUUUGAUAAAUUUUCCGUAUUUCUUGCUUUUUAUUUUUGCUUUCAAUUUUUGCCACAGGUUUUUCAAGGAUUCUGUAACAAAUGCAUUGUUGUAUGUCCCUUUAAGGUGGGUAAUUAUUGAGAUGUUACACAGUAUAACAUAGCAGGAGUGAAACUCACCUGAUGUUGUAUUUCUUCAUGUACAAUUGUAGCAAUUGAGAAUAAAUGUUCUUCUGUGAGAAAAAUAAAAUAA